AUGGAGCCUCCCCCCUCUCUGAGCUUGGCUCUGCUAGGAGGGAGUGAGGAUGAGGACCAGCGCUUCCUCUUUCCCCUGGGCAUUAUAUCCCAUCCCUCCACCACUGGCAACCAGCCAGGAUCAAACCACUCCAACCACAUGGGAGGAUCAAGCCUCGAUCGUCUAAAUGGCAGCACCCCGUCCCCCUCCCCUGCCACGCCCAACUUACCUCCAGCAUCGCUCCCCAAGUUACCCCUGUCCUCCUCUGGAGCCCAGCCUCUGCCCCCACCCAUCCCCAAUGCCCUGCACCCCACCAGCACCCCACUGUCCUCCUGCUUGGGCUCGCAGCACAGCCUGAGCGGAGACAACUCCCCGGUCUACAAUGCCCUCUUUUACUCCUCCCACUCGCCCUCCAUGGAGCGGGAGAGGGACAGGGACCGUGACAGGGACAGGGAGAGAGAGAGGGGCUGCAAGCACAGACAGGCCAGCCCUCUGGUUCAUCGUAGGGACAGUAACCCCUUCACGGAGAUCGCCAUGAGCUCCUGUAAGUACACAGGCGGGGUCAUGAAGCCCCUGAGCCGCCUCAGCGCCUCCCGCAGAAACCUCAUCGAAUCAGACAGCAGCAGCGAAACCAAAGAGGGUGGGGUUUCAGCUGUUGCCGGGGCAACGGCUGCUGGGGGGCAUGACCGACAGCGAGAAGCCCCUCCUACCUCCUUGGUGACCCAGUCCUCUGCCAAUCAACCCCUAAUCCAGAGCCCUCCCGAGAUUGUGAUUUCAUCCAAAGAAGACUCACCGUACCCAAGAGGAGGGUAUGACAUCACUGACUCCACAUCCAACCAGAUGUCCAUCUACCACCAGAACCACGCGCUGGUGGAGAGCAGGCGGGCGCAGCAGGGGAGGGGCAGUAGGCAAGGAGGGGUUGGGGCGGUGGGCACUGGGGCCAGGAGCAGCACCUCGAAGGCCCCCAAACGGAAGAACCAAAACAUUGGCUAUAAACUGGGGCAUCGCAGGGCGUUGUUCGAGAAGCGGAAGAGACUGAGUGACUAUGCCCUCAUCUUCGGAAUGUUUGGCAUCGUCGUCAUGGUGAUUGAGACAGAGCUGUCAUGGGGCGUGUACACAAAGAGCUCCAUGUAUUCUCUGGCCCUGAAGUGUCUGAUCAGCCUGUCUACAGUCAUACUGCUGGGCCUCAUCAUAGCCUACCAUGCACGGGAAGUUCAGCUGUUUGUCAUCGACAACGGAGCGGACGACUGGCGCAUUGCCAUGACAAUGGAGAGGGUCUUGCUGAUCGCACUGGAGCUGCUGGUGUCUGCGGUUCAUCCGGUGCCGGGGGACUUUAAGUUUCAGUGGCGGGCACGGCUGGCCUUCUCGUACGCGCCGUCGCAGGCCGAGGCUGACCUGGACAUGGUGCUGAGCGUGCCCAUGUUCCUGCGCCUCUACCUCAUCGCCAGGGUCAUGCUUCUGCACAGUAAACUCUUCACUGACGCCUCCUCCAGGAGUAUAGGUGCCCUAAAUAAGGUGCAUUUUAACACACGGUUUGUAAUGAAAACCCUCAUGACUAUCUGCCCUGGGACGGUGCUGCUGGUCUUCAGCAUCUCUCUGUGGAUCAUCGCUGCCUGGACCGUACGAGUGUGUGAGAGGUAUCAUGAUGCCCAGGACGUGACCAGUAACUUCCUGGGAGCCAUGUGGCUUAUCUCCAUCACCUUCUUGUCCAUCGGCUAUGGAGACAUGGUUCCUCACACCUACUGUGGCAAAGGAGUCUGUCUGCUCACAGGAAUCAUGGGCGCAGGCUGUACGGCUCUGGUGGUUGCCGUGGUAGCCAGGAAGCUGGAGCUGACCAAGGCCGAGAAACACGUACACAACUUCAUGAUGGACACACAACUCACCAAAAGGAUAAAGAAUGCGGCGGCCAACGUGCUGAGGGAGACCUGGCUCAUCUACAAACACACCAAGCUGAUGAAGAAGAUCGACCACUCCAGAGUCCGCAAACACCAGCGGAAGUUCCUUCAGGCUAUACACCAACUACGCAGUGUGAAAAUGGAGCAGAGGAAACUCAGUGAUCAGGCCAACACACUAGUGGACCUCUCAAAGAUGCAGAGCGUCAUGUAUGAGCUCAUGUCAGAACUCAACGAUCGCAGUGAGGACUUGGAGCGCCAGAUGCUGUCGCUGGAGCAGCGGGUGGAGCAGCUCACUGCUGGAUUCAACGCCCUCCCUGCCCACCUCUCGGCCACCCUCAGCGCCCAGCAUGCCGCCCUGGUGCACUUGCUGCGAGAGAGGGACGCGAGGGAUGGUAGAGGAGGCGGAGGUGGUGGUGGAGGAGGAGGAGGAGGUGCUGUGGUCCCACUGUCCCCAGCAGCUUCUUUUACCCCAGCUUCAGUUUCUCCAGUCCAGGUCACAACCCCAGCACCACCCCCUGCCCAGGUCCCUACUUUGGCCUUGGAGUCCCCUUUGUCACCCCCUCCACUGAGCCCAGAGGGAAGCCUGGAGGCUAGUCCCAACUCCAACACCUGCACCUCUAGCUGCUGAAGACAGCCUUGAGGACCAGGAGCGGACGCAUCUGGGGAGAGGAAGGGGGGCUGUGCUAGUCCUCUCACUUCAGACUAAACGAGAGGAAUGAGGGAAGAGGGGGAGAGAAAUGUGAGGUGAUCCUCUGAAAGUAGCGCUCCAUGAGAGAGGGAUGAAGAUGGGACUAUGAGGAGAAAUAAUGGGAUUAAGAUGGAGGGCCAGUAUGAGUGAUGAGACAUGUUAGGGACUUUGGGGCGCUUUCCUUGACGAUGGGAAGGAGAAGAAAAAUGGAGAUAAAAUGGAGACUCUAAAAGGUGUGAGGGGGAGGAAGGAUGUCAAGAGGGUGAGAAAUGGAGGUAGAGAGGAUGAGGAGGGGGAAGGAGAGAGGAGGAGAAAUAACGAGGAAUAAUUAUAUGAACUCAGAGCUCCUAAAUGGAAUCCACUCCAAUUACUGAAAAAGGCCUUUUAUUCUCUCUAUCUCUCUCUCUUUCUCUCUGUCUCUCUCUUUCCUUCCCCCUCUUGCAGUCUCUCUCUCCCUUCAUCAGGAAUUAAUGACCAUGACUUUUUAUCCUUAUGAUGUAUUUUCUAUCUGAAUGCUAAUUGUGUGUUAACGAGCAUCCCUUUAACAGAAGGUUCGAUCAAUACGACCACGAUUAAAAAAAAAAAAAAAAAGAACUAGUGGCAUGCACCACACACACACACACACACACACACUUGCAUGCACAAAUUAUAUCGACUUAUCAUCCACGCAAUACAAGUUAACACAGCACAAACAUAAAUACACAAUCUUUCACAAUGCAGGCCCUAUUUCCACUCACAUAAAGAAAUUAAUGCACCAGCCCAUAAGAUAAUACUAAAGCCUAUACUGCCAAGCACUCGAUGCACUGUCAAUCUCCACAGAGCACUGCCAAGUAAUGUAGACACACUGUAAAAAAAAAUGCUCAUUCUAACGACUUAUCUUUUUUAAGUGUGAGCUAAUGCAGUAGUUCAGUCAUAGCAUAGUUGUGACAUUUUAACUACUCAGUUGGGAGAAUUGUUACGGUUCACCAAACUAAACGAAUCACAAAUCAAGCUGAAAUAAGCUGACAUACUGAUACUGAGGGACAUGAGUCAUCGUAACAUCUAUUUGUGAUGAAGAAGACAGUAGCAGAUGAUAAAAUAAUGUAACACAACUAUAACAGGACUUAAUUACUGCAUUUACUGAUAUACAGACCAAGUUGAACCAAUGUUUAAGUGUACUUGUAGGUCUGCUAUACUGAAAUGAGACUUUAAAUGAGUUUAGAUUUUUGUUUAAUUUCUGUGAGCAUUUCUUAUGUAAACCUCAGAAAAUGGACAAUUAAUAGUGAUAACAAGUGCAUUAAUACCAGGAUGGUUGUCGCAAGAACAAUUAGAUUAUAACAAGCGUUUAUUUAAUUGGCAUUUUCAAUCUAGUUGAUUUAUUCUGAAGAUGGUAUCGCAACUAUUUAUGAAUCACUGACUCUACAACACAGAACUUUGCACAAACUUAAUUGUCUACAUUCAGUGAGUCUUCUCAUUAUAUGUUAUUCAAACAUUCAUUGGAGUCUGUCAACCCAGAGGUAUACCAAGAUAAAUCAAAACUUUAUCCAUCAAUAAUAAAUGAUCUGCUUAGUCUUUAACUUAGACAUGGCCGAAGUCAGUGGAGUCAUUGACUGAGAUACUGUAGUCUCUAUUGUUUUGCUGUCAUUUUCUGAAAAAAAUGUUAUAUUAAGUAAAAUAUAGAUUUUUGCAUUAGUAAUUUAAUUGACUUUAAAAAUCCAACAAUGAUUUAACAGUGUGAUUAUAAGUUGAUGUGAUUCAUAUUUUUUCACAGUGCAUGGUUCUGUCGAUGACCCUUCGCGAAGGAAAGAAGACCUUACCUACUACUGCCACCCUUUUUCAGGCUUGCAGUAUCAAAACAACUCACUGUUAUCAUGAAUGUAUUCUGUGUAAAGAAAUACACUCAAACAAUCUUGCUUGCUCGAUCACUUAAACUGCCACGCAGACACAGGAAUAGGCACCCACACGCACAUACACACAGAUACACACACCUCGACAACCAAAGUGCUCUCUCUUAAAUGGACUUCAAUAAGAGGCAGGGAACGCUGCUGUCACUGGGGACAAAAGAUAGCAGGAGGCGUUGCAGAUAGCUUGACAAUAUUUCUGAGGGAAUAACUGUGAAAAUCUGGGCAUGGACUUGUUACAGUGCUGUACAUGGAUUGCUCUGCACUGCUUUAAAACAGAUCAAGAUGGUCUACGGAUGAACACAAGGGAACACAAAUAAACCUUAUAAAGGAAAAUGGCCAUGAAGGAACAGCUGUUCAUGAAAUAAAUAAAACAUGGAAAUAGACACAAAGGUAUAUCUGAGAGGAAUUAUAAUGGUGUGAUGGGAAAAGAUUCAAGCCUACCCUUGCAUUGGAGACAAUAUCGAAAACUGUCGUAUAGCGACACGCUGUGGCCGGAAUACUGAAUUACAUACGCUUGGAAUAUUGUACAGUAUGCUGUUAACGAAAUCUAGCUUUGUAUUGCUUAGUCUUUUCUACCAUUAUGAUUAAACGCAGUUAUAGCUGAUAUCUAAUAUUAUUAAACUAUAGUAUUCUUCUCAUUCGUCAUGACAAUUAUGAUAUAUGUAUUAACAAUACGUUAAAUAAUUAUGAACAAGGAAAGUGCCGUUUGAGGUUGAAAUUAUUUUGUAAUUUUAUUUUAUC